UAUCUACACGACGUGCAUUUUCCAAGUGGAUUUGAUAUCUGUUCGGACCGAAAGCUUAGUGGAUAGGAGGAGAUAGGGCCGAAGUGUUGGAUAAAUGGCCCCGAGAAUAUUGCUUUUACUUGGUCUUUUAGUGCUAUUACAGCCUUUGUGGGGUUUCCCUCGGCCUGACGAUGAUGAUGGUGAUGACGACGACGACGAUGACGAUGACGGCGACGAAGAUGACGACGACGAAGAUGACAACGAUGACGACGAUGAUGAUGAUGAAGACGAUAACGACGAUGAUGACGAUGACGACGAUGACGACGAUGACGACGAUGACGACGAUGACGACGAUGACGACGAUGACGACGAUGACGACGAUGACGACGAUGACGACGAUGACGACGAUGACGAUGAUGGUGACGAAGACGACGACGAUGAUGAUGAUGACGAUGAUGGGGAAGACAGUGACGUUGACAGUGGCGAUGGUAGUGCUAAUUUCAGCGAUGAUGGUGACAUCAAUCGGGAUCCAUCUGCUAUGAACUUAGACUCGUUAUCAUCGAGUGCGCUUUCAGCUAGGGAAGGAAAUGCUCAAGUUCUGAUAGGCAUUAUUUCAUGGUUUUUUAUGAGCACCAUUUCGUACAAACCUUUAUUUUUUUAAUUUCACAUGAAUAGAGCUAAAAAGUGGACCUAGAAAUGAUUUUACAAAAACCUGAAAGAUGAGUACAUUUUUAUUUGACACUUAGCUUGGUAGCUUCUUAGCGUAUGUAUUCCUGUUCAGAAAAUGGCAUUUCAUCAACCCCAAUGAUUCUCACGAGCAGCUAACCGUAAAAUGUACUUUAAAGUACUUAUGACCUGUCAACAAAACACAAAUUAAUAAAUUCGUUAAAGAA